CGCUGCCCGUGCUCUGGGUGGGGACAGGUGGGUGCAGCCCCAGCCCGGGGCCAUCUUCCCUGCGCAGCCUCUGCCCAGGGCUGGGGCUCUGCCCAGGUGAUCUCAGGUGAAGAAGCCCAUCCCCUCGAUGGACAUGGACAUCUGAGCACCGACGUGCUGCUCUGCAGAGGCAGCAAACCCACAGCAGCAUCCUCGGAGGCCGGGGGACAAGAAGCAACAUGCAUAAUCCAGCAGAAACCCCAGCUGGACUCAUUGCUGAGAACCUUCUCAAAGCCAAAGAAAUAGCCCUCAAUGACUCUCAUGUUCCUGAACAGCUCAAGAAUUACUUACAAAAAGCUCUUGAUGUUGCUCUUGGACUAGACCCUUACCUGGAUGCAAUGGCAACUUCAGAGAGAAAAACCUCACCUGACCACAGCCCAGGGGAUUCUGAAGGAACCGAAAACAGAGUUAGGCUGCAGGAAGAACGCGCCUCUGGCUCUUUGAAUGGCCAAAUUUUUAGGAUGUUUGUUCGUAUGAUCAGAGCCAGGAAGAUUUUAUUAAUUGGCAAGCUUAAAGGUUACAGUAUCCUUGCUAUUGCAGAAGAAUUGCCAGAUGAUGGUAAGAUCUUUGCAUGUGCAGAAGCACCGUAUCUCGGAGUGAACAGCCAAGAAGCAUUUGAUUAUUCUUCAGAUGGUAAAAAGAUAAGCAUGCGAGUGGGACCAAUGGCAGACACUUUGGAGGCAAUACAUGCUGAGGACGAGCACUUUGAUAUGGUCUUUAUUGAUGCUGAUCAAAGGAACGCCAUUAAAUACUACAGCUUUGUCAUGGAUAACCACUUGCUGAGAAUGGAUGCAGUGAUCUGUGUAGAGAAUACACUCAUGAAAGGACAAGUCUACCUGGAGAACAUAUCUGAUGAAAAUGUACUAGCUGUCAGAAAAUUAAAUACAGUGAUUAAUUCAGAUCCUCGUGUUGAGCAGGUAAUUUUACCUGUGCAGAGUGGACUGAGCAUCAUUCGAAGGAGCCCUGCACCUCCAGAUGCAGUGAUUCAAUCCAAGAAAGAAGUGGUGAGGGAUGACGUCUUCUGGGGUUAUAACAGGCGCCACAUCCUUGACCGGCUGCGUUUGGAUGGCAAGGUGGCUUAUGUCACCGGCGGAGGGCAGGGAAUUGGAAGAUCCUUUGCUCAUGCGUUAGGGGAAGCAGGUGCUAAAGUAGCCGUUGUGGACCUGGUCCUUGCAAAGGCAGAAGCGGUGGUGUGUGAGCUCAGCCUCAAAGGAAUUAAAAGCCUUGCCCUCACAGCAGAUGUAAGCAAACCCGAGGAUGUGCAAAGGAUGGUGGAUACCAUUGUAGCUCGCUGGGGCACAGUUCACAUUGCAUGCAACAAUGCGGGAAUCAAUAUGAAUUCUGCAAGCGAAGAUACUUCCCUAGAAGAAUGGGACAAAACAUUUAAUGUUAAUUUACGAGGAUUAUUUUUGUGCUGCCAAGCUGCAGGCCGCAUUAUGCUGAAUCAAGGAUAUGGGAAGAUAAUUAACACAGCAUCUAUGGCAAGUUUAAUAGUCCCACACCCACAGAAGCAGUUGGCGUACAACGUCUCGAAAGCUGGGGUCGUAAAAUUAACACAGACAUUAGGAACCGAGUGGAUUGACAGAGGAGUGAGAGUCAACUGCAUUUCCCCGGGCAUCGUCGACACGCCGCUCAUCCGCUCCAAGGACCUGCGGCCGCUGGUGCGGGGCUGGCUGGGGGACAUCCCCGCUGGGAGGCUGGCUCAGGCCACCGACCUCCAGGCUGCCGCCGUCUAUUUGGCCUCCGAAGCCUCAGACUACAUGACAGGCCAUAAUCUGGUCAUCGAGGGUGGCCAGAGCCUGUGGUGAGGGGCGCCCUCUGGCCUCCCCUCUCAGGGGCGUAGGUCACUUUGGCAAGUAAGUAUUAGAGUUGAGCUGAGUCCCACAUUUGGCCUGUGGAGCUAAGUGGCCAACUAAUAUGAAAUUACUGUUUUCUUCGUUCGGGUGUUGUGUUGGAGACUCGCUUAAUGCAAAUUAAAAAAAAAAAAAAAAAAAAAGGAGAAAAAAGAAAAAACCCCAAUCUUUCAUUUUCAACAUUUUCAUGUUUUUCCACUAUGCAUACAGAUUUCUGUUAAAUUAGUAUUUAAUGAUAUAAAGACACAUUUACUGCAGUGAGAUUUGGCUAUUAUUUACCAGGGGACAUUUUUAAUGUAAUCAAUAUUAACUGGUCUGUGUAGUAUAUUGUCCUUAGGUGAUGUUUCUGUAUCCAAGUUGUUCCAGUGACAUCUGUGAGUGGUGAAAACCAGUUGGAUGUAGUGUUAAAAAAAAUAAAUUAGUUCAUUGCAUUUGAA